ACCUUGGAAGAGUUGCACCAUGUACAGCAAGUGAAAGAAAAGUCUGUGUGUUGCUUCCGACGCAAGUUGAGGCUUUUUUCCUGCUGUUUUCCAAGGGAGAAAGCUGUGCCUUUAAUAUACGUUGAGUGAGGUAACUGGGGAGGAAGAGCGGGGCUGAUAAGGAAAUCUGGAGAGAAAGAGGGCCUGGCCACCUUGCCCCUGAGAAGGUCUCCUCCAGGCAGAUGCUGUGCUGUUUAUGUGGUUGGAUGUUUGAAAGUUCACUUGUUUAAAAAGUCUACCCAUGAAGUCACCGUAAAGAGCGUGGAUCACACUUCCUGUAAACCUCAUUUGUUUGAGGUGGGGCUAAAAUGAGCAUAACCAGUGACGAAGUGAAUUUCUUGGUAUAUCGAUAUCUCCAGGAGUCAGGCUUCUCCCAUUCGGCCUUUACAUUCGGGAUUGAAAGUCACAUCAGUCAGUCCAACAUCAAUGGAACACUAGUGCCCCCUGCAGCCCUCAUCUCCAUUCUCCAGAAAGGCCUGCAGUAUGUGGAGGCCGAGAUCAGCAUCAAUGAAGAUGGAACAGUAUUCGAUGGUCGGCCAAUAGAAUCCCUGUCUCUGAUCGAUGCCGUGAUGCCCGACGUUGUGCAGACCCGGCAACAAGCCUUCCGAGAGAAAUUAGCUCAACAACAAGCUAGUGCGGCGGCGGCGGCAGCGGCGGCAGCAGCAACUGCAGCUGCGGCGGCGGCGGCGGCAGCGGCUACUCCUGUUGCCGUUUCGCAGCAAACCCCACCAAAGAAUGGAGAAGCCACUGUGAAUGGAGAGGAGAACGGGGCCCAUGCAAUAAAUAAUCAUUCAAAACCAAUGGAAAUUGAUGGAGAUGUUGAGAUUCCACCCAACAAAGCCACGGUCCUCCGGGGUCAUGAAUCUGAAGUGUUUAUUUGUGCCUGGAACCCUGUCAGUGAUCUCCUAGCCUCUGGAUCUGGAGACUCGACGGCACGAAUAUGGAAUCUGAACGAAAACAGCAAUGGUGGGUCGACCCAGCUUGUUUUGAGGCACUGUAUAAGAGAAGGGGGGCACGACGUCCCUAGUAAUAAAGAUGUUACUUCACUGGACUGGAAUAGUGAUGGAACGCUAUUGGCCACUGGUUCAUAUGAUGGUUUUGCAAGAAUAUGGACCGAAGAUGGUAAUUUAGCAAGCACCUUAGGUCAACAUAAAGGUCCCAUCUUUGCUCUGAAAUGGAACAAAAAGGGGAAUUACAUUUUGAGUGCCGGUGUUGACAAAACAACAAUAAUUUGGGAUGCCCAUACAGGAGAGGCUAAACAACAGUUUCCUUUUCACUCAGCCCCUGCUUUGGAUGUGGACUGGCAGAACAACACUACUUUUGCCUCCUGCAGUACUGACAUGUGUAUUCACGUGUGCAGACUUGGCUGUGAUCGCCCUGUCAAAACCUUUCAAGGACACACAAAUGAGGUAAAUGCAAUCAAAUGGGAUCCUUCCGGCAUGCUGUUAGCAUCCUGUUCCGAUGACAUGACAUUAAAGAUUUGGAGUAUGAAGCAAGAUACCUGCGUCCACGACCUUCAAGCUCACAGCAAAGAGAUCUAUACCAUCAAGUGGAGUCCCACGGGCCCAGGCACCAGCAAUCCAAACUCCAACAUUAUGUUAGCGAGCGCUUCAUUCGAUUCAACUGUCCGCCUGUGGGAUGUUGAACGAGGAGUUUGCAUCCAUACACUAACCAAGCAUCAAGAGCCUGUCUACAGUGUAGCUUUCAGCCCUGAUGGAAAAUACCUGGCCAGUGGCUCAUUUGAUAAAUGUGUCCACAUCUGGAACACCCAAAGUGGGACCCUAGUACACAGCUACAGAGGCACAGGAGGGAUCUUUGAAGUGUGUUGGAAUGCUCGAGGAGACAAAGUGGGAGCCAGUGCAUCCGACGGAUCCGUUUGUGUUCUAGAUCUGCGGAAGUAGCAGCAAAGCGUUUUAGAAGAAAUUUUAAAUGGACCAGCAGUGAAUGUGUGGGCACUCUUCAAAAACAAUCUUAACAGCUCCAAAACUGUACGAACUUGAAUCCAGUUAGAGUGUACAAUGAAACCAACCCUCCCUGGCCACGGGAGCCUAGUAUCUUUCUGUAAUCUUCAUCAUGGAGUAAAAACCACAGUCACAUCACAGGGGACAGGAUGGUUUCCAACUGGAACAAUCAGCCUUGGAAAGCAUGAAGCCACCAGCUAGACACACGCACUGUUUGGUUUGCAUCUGAGAACUCGCUCUGAUGGCUGAAAAAAAAUCAAAACAAACAAAAAAGCUGUGCCAAAAACAAACAAAAAGAAAUAGCAAAACGCUGUGAGAAACCAAAAGGGAAAACAAACCCUCCUCCUUUUGGCGCUGGGUUUUUUCCUUCCAAUUUGGACACUACACUUCCUCUCCCAAAGGACGUUUAAGACCAGUUUAUACUGAUAAAACGCGCAACUUUGUAAUCACAACUCUUUCUAUUUUCUAGGGUCCUUUUUGUUCAGUGGUUUUUCUAUCAGCUAGGAAUCUCCAGGCUUAGAUUGGAACUGUUUGGGUGUUUUGUUUUGUUUUUUUUCUUUACUGUUUUGUUUUGCCUUUUUUUUUUCUUUUUCCUGUUUUUCUCUUCUUUUUUUCCCCUUUGUUUCAGGAUGCCCAGAAUAGAUGCAGACAGGUGGACAUGAUGACAAAAUGUUUGACAGACAGCUUUCUUUCUUCCCCUCACCGUCUCUCACUCCCCAUAUGCUUCUCCCUCCCCCCAGUUUCCUUUUAUUUCCAUUCUCCAUGCUUCAGAUCUUCAGCGUCGCUAAGGCACUUUCAAUGACUUGUGUAAUAAGUGCUUUAUAUAAGAAUGCAGGUCCAGGGAAACUUUUUACAGGAGAAAGAUGACUUAUAAGAGAAAGAAUCUGGAAUAUUUUUGAAAAAUAAAAAAAAAUAUUUUUUAUGUUGGAGACAAUUUUAAAAAGCGAAAUUGCCAGCAGACCUAGGCAGAUUUGUAUGAUUCAUGUCAAAUAAACACACACAGGUGGAGUCUGAGGUUCCUAAAGAUGCAGUCUCCCUAUUCUCCCCUUUGCCUCAUGAAAUUCUAGAGGAAAAAUGAGGUCUGGGUGACUAUCACCCGAUUUCCCUCACUGCAGAUUUUGCAUGGGGCUUCUUUGAAAAAGCCAUCAGAGCAUUUUGAUACUGAGGACAGUAUUCAUUUUUGAGUUUCCCAUUUCCCUGAGUAGCUAACAGUAAAUCAGUGAAAUAAUAGGUGCAUUCUAACCUGUAGAAAUAUCCCCGGAUUCAUAUUUUGCCCACGGAAGUAGAAACUACCACUCAGAGGGCAGCUUGAAUUCUACUGCUAUUCAUUAUUGUUUUGCAAAUAUCUUUUGUCAUCUCACCUGGACAGGUCAUAGCAAAGACAGAUUUGCAAAGGCUCAAAGGCAGAGGUGAAACAGUCACUAAAAUGAGUGAAUAUCUAUCAGUCCUGAAGAUCAAGUAGGUAGGAUUUGUUUAACACCCUCUUCCGCUCUUGAUAGCGUUUCCACUCUUGGAAAGUAAGGGGAAGAUGUUUCUUUUGGAAAAAAUAGGUCUUUACUCCUGUUUGAAAAGUUGAGCCCAAUUUUGUCUGGACUCAAACUGGCUGGUUCUUAUGAGGUGAGAUUGGGUCCUGCCUCUCGCCUGGAGGGUAUGGGCUACCCUAGGUGAUGCCCAUGGUCCCGCUCUGUGUCCCAGAAUGCUCUGAUUUCUCUGGGCAGAUGAUAUUGAGAGACACCGCUGUCUCAGCCCUGCCCUGGCCUGUUUUCACACGGGCUGCAGGGAAGGCACUUGGUCAGGUGGGAAGUGUAAGCUGUAACUCUGUCCAGGAAGAACUGCAAGCCGAAGGUUACGAUGACUCAGUCCUUCAGUCAGUACUUCCAGGAGCGGCUAGCAGCGUGAGGUCGAAGCUCCAGACUGAAGUCUGCAGGCUGGGUGGUGUUCAGUAUCUAUCUUGGGGCCACCUUGGAUCCCAUGGGAACCAUUGCGUGAGGUUCUGGCUCUCCUAGCCCAGGGUGUGGCUUGUCUGCCCCCUUCGAAGUGUCCUCCACAAUUGGUGUGUGGGAAUGUGGUGCAGGGUAGGUGAGCUCUAAAAAAAAAUCAACCCUUCCCACACCUUUUCCAAUUUGCCCUUCAGAGAAAGGAAGCUCCAAAAGUUCCAAAUCAGAGAGCAAAAUCUGGAGGACUUGGCAGUGGCAGCAGCCAAAGAUGGCAGCCCUUCCUGAAUGCUGUGUUCCCACUAGGUCAGUGACCUCUCCUGGGACAGGGUAAGGAAGAGGGAUUCUUGGAGAGCCCAGCAGAUAUGCUUCCCAUGAAUAUAAGCAUCCAGGGUCAUGCUCAAGAAUGUGGUCAAUCCAACUGGUAAACCUGAUUCCACGCUUAAGCAGUGUUUACUGUUCUGAAAAGUCCAAGAAACAUGAAUUUGGACAGACAACCACAGAGCUGAACUGUAAUUUUGUGGACCUACACAGUGCAGCUGUGCUAAAGUGACUGUCUUCAGCUGGUGUUUUGAGCCAUGUACAAAUUAGCCGGAGCUCAGUGUGAGAAAGGGGACUGCAUCUUUAUCCAGAAAGCACUGGGCAACCAGGGAUGAAAAGAGGCUUGGCAUUUCAGGGUUGACACGCACUAACCCCAUGCUCAUUGUAGGGCGUUCCUUUUGAUUUGUCUUUGAAAAAAAAUAGAUCAUAUUAGAGCCAAGUGACGUGCACUUUGUCAAAUGUAAGGGUUGGCUUUCUCUUAUUUUUUCCCCCUCCCUUCUUUGUGUCUUUUUUUUUUAAUAUCCUUGUUUUGCUGCCUUUUUUUUUCCUUUUUUUUUCCUCAGGGGGGAGGGAACUGUGCUUCUUGUCCAAUGCAGAAAUGUUCUUUCAGCCACUCACUGAAGUUUUGAAUUCUGGCUUCUGCAGUUUUUAUUGUCUGUGUCAGACUUGCAGCCAGACUUAGUUCUCUGUCAGCAUUUCCCAGGUUCAGUUAAGGUAACAUCGACCCCUGUUUUCUUUUCCCCUUCAGCCACCCACACAUUCUCAAGAAUCACCUUGUGUGUCGUAGCUCAUUUGUUUCAAGGAGAGAAUCAACAGAUAUAUUCAGUGUCUUGAAUAAAUUGCUAUAUUUUGAUAUUAGA